CAAUAGUAAUAGCCCACUCCCAACAAUCUCCAAACAUAGCCUCUGCCAUGAGAGGGUUUUUGGUUAGGGUUUUUCGAUCUAAGCUAUCAAACACUAACAAAUGGCGUCUCUAAUGGCGAUUCGGCGUUCAAGGAAUUGGAAAUUGGUUUCUUCUUCAUCUUCUCCUUCGGUUUUCAAGGUACGGUCUAUUCUGCAUUCUGAUUUCUUUUACAAUAGAACUUUAAUCCUCUCCAAAACCCUAAGCUCUUCCUCUGCUGUUCCUGAUAACUAUCAAAGACCUCUUCCUUCUAGUUAUCAAGAUGAGAGAAACCUUAAUCGCCAAUGGAAUCAGUGGAAUGCACAGCAACAACCUCCUCAAUAUGACAAAAAUCAGUUCAAUUACCAAAAUAGAGGGUACUCUAAUUCAUUUCCUCAGCAACAACCACACCAGAACCCUAAUCAAUGGAAUUCUCAGGGUCAGAAUUCUCCCAAGUACCCAAACCGUAAUCAAAUGAACCCUAACCAGUGGAGUUCUUCAACUCACAAUUUUCCUCAACACCAACCGCAACAAAAUCAUAAUCAGUGGAUCUCUUCAGCUCACAAUUUUCCUCAACACCAACCGCAACAAAACCAUAAUCAGUGGAACUCAUGGCCUCAAAAUUAUCCCCAAAACCAAAACCACCAAAACCCUGCUCAGGUUAAUCCUAAUGUACAGGAUCAUCGCCAAUCUAGAAGCUCAAAUCAAUGGAACAAUCAAAAUCAGGGUUACCCACAAGCUAGAAACCCUGACCAGUGGGCUCUGCAGGGACAAAAACCUAAUCAAGGUCAAGUUCGCGUGGCCUUGGAGGCUUCAGCCCCAUUGGGUAAUGCUGAUGAGAGUAUUCGCGUUCCAGCUCCUGCAAUAGUGGAUUUGAUGCGAUUGUGUCAGGAGGGAAAGAUUAAGGAAGCCAUUGAGAUAUUGGAUAAGGGGGUUAAAGCUGAUGCUAAUUGUUUUUAUAAUUUGUUUGAGUUGUGUGUGAAACAUGAGGAUGCAAAAAAGGUACACGACUACUUUUUGCAAUCAACAUUAAGAGGUGAUCUUAAAUUGAAUAAUAAGGUGAUUGAAAUGUAUGGGAAAUGUGCAAGUAUGACUGAUGCUAGGAGAGUUUUUGAUCAUAUGCUAGAGAGGAAUAUGGAUUCAUGGCAUUUGAUGAUAAAUGGGUAUGCAAGUAAUAGUUUGGGAGAUGAGGGGCUACAAUUGUUUGAUGAGAUGAGGAAGUUGGGAUUGAAACCGACUGAGCAGACAUUCCUGGCGGUUCUCUCUGCUUGUGCUAGUGCAGAGGCAGUGGAGGAAGGAUUUUUACAUUUUGAGUCAAUGAAGAACGAGUAUGGAAUUAAUCCAGGGACUGAACAUUAUUUGGGGGUUAUAGAUAUUCUUGGAAAGUCUGGUUAUGUUAAUGAAAUUGAAGAGUAUAUUCGAAAAUUACCGUUUGAGCCAACUGCAGAAAUCUGGGGUGCAUGGAGGAAUUAUGCUCAGAUUCAUGGAGAUGUUGAUAUUGAAGAUCGUGCUGAGGAGUUGACGGUUGCUCUUGACCCGACAAAGGCUGUUGCCAACAAAAUUCCUACUCCUCUACCAAAGAAGUAUAGUGCAAUCAGCAUGCUUGAAGGAAAGAAUAAAAUUAUUGAGUUUCGGAAUCCUACUCUUUACAAAGAUGAUGAGAAACUCAAGGCUAUGAGUAAGAUAGUGAGUUAUGUUCCGGAUACCAGAUAUGUUCUUCAUGACAUUGAUCAGGAAGCUAAAGAGCAAGCUUUGCUGUAUCACAGUGAACGAUUGGCAAUUGCAUACGGUCUUAUCAGUACUCCUGCAAGGACACCUUUGAGAAUCAUCAAGAACCUCCGGGUGUGUGGUGAUUGUCACAACGCUAUCAAGAUAAUGUCUAGGAUUGUUGGAAGGGAAUUGAUUGUUAGGGAUAACAAAAGAUUUCAUCAUUUCAAGGAUGGCAGUUGCUCUUGUGGAGAUUACUGGUGAAGAUAUUGUCACUUUGAACAUCCAUUGUAUGUAUUAAGUGACACUAUUUCUCUUUUGGGAAUUUUACUGGUGAAGAUAUUGUCACUUUGAACAUCCAUUGUAUGUAUUAAGUGACACUAUUUCUCUUUUGGGAAUUUUACUGGUGAAGAUAUUGUCACUUUGAACAUCCAUAGAGUGUUGUAACUUUGGAGCCAUAUCUGCUACCAUGGACGAGAUAUCAACUUUUUUUAUUGCUUCGCAUGUAGGGUAUGGUUGUUCUAAUUCUCAAUCAGUUAUUUGUUAUGAUAUUCCUAUGGUUCACAUUUUUGGCCCUUUCAUGUUUCCUUAUAUAUCUUUUUUUUUUUUCCCAAGGCUCCAAAUGAAGGUCUUUAAAUUUAACUAUACAAAAUAAUGAAAAACUAGUCUUGGGAUUUUGUAGUUGA